AUGGCCGCCGCAAGCCACAUGCACAACCUCACGACGCUGAUCAAGCGACUCGAAGCGGCCACCUCGCGCCUCGAAGACAUUGCCACGUCGACCGAGAUCCCCAAGGAUGUCGGCGCCCUCGCCGCGCCUACCUCGUCCUCCGCCGCGCUGACACCCGAUGCCUCGACUACCACGACGCCCCGAUCCGCGCCGCCGCCGCCGCCGCCGCAGCAGCAGCCCGUCGCCGAGGAGCUGCCCGAAUCCAUUGAGGACUUUGACGCCUUUGUCGACACGACCGUCGCCGACUAUGUGAACCGCAGCAACGAGAUCGGAGGCCUCGUCGCCAAGCAGGCCGCCGACGUCAUGGCCGGCUUCAAGGCCCAGCGCAAGUUCCUCCUCAUCACCACAAAGUCCGUCAAGCCCGACCUGCAGGGCGCCGACAUGGCCCUGUACCAGGACCUGCUCAAGCCCAUCAACGACUCGCUCAUGGCCGUCACCGAGCUCAAGGAGGCCAACCGCUCUGACGCCAUGUACACGCAGCUCAGCGCCGUCGCCGACGGCAUCAUGGUCCUCGCCUGGGUCACCGUCAGCCACAAGCCCUUUACCCACGUCGAAGAGUUUCUCGGAUCCGCCCAAUUCUUUGGCAACCGCGUUAUCAAGGAGCACAAGGACAAGGACCCGAAGCAGGUCGAAUGGAUCCAGUCCUUCUAUCAAAUAUUCAAGCAGCUCCGCGACUACGUCAAGCAGUACUUUGCCAGUGGCAUUCCUUGGAACCCCAAGGGCGAGCCCGCCGCUGCCGUCAUCAAGGCCCUCGACUCGGCCCCCAGCGCCGGUGCGCCUGCACCCCCAGCUCCCUCUGCUGGCGGUCCUCCUCCUCCCCCGCCUCCCCCGCCACCUGGCCCUGCGCCGGUUCUCGACAUCAAGGCCGAGGAUGCCGCGCCGGCCGCGCCGGCCGCGUCCAGUGGCGGUCUCGGAGCCGUCUUCUCCGAGCUCAACAAGGGCGAUGCCGUCACCAAGGGCCUGCGCAAGGUCGACAAGUCCCAGAUGACGCACAAGAACCCCUCGUUGCGCACCAACACCAGCGUGCCCGCCGCCAACGACCGCCCCAAGAGCCCUGCCCCGGGCAAGAAGCCCAAGCCCGAGAGCAUGCGCAUGAAGAAGCCCUCCAAGAAGGUGCUUGAAGGCAACAAAUGGAUCAUCGAAAACUACGAAAGGGAAGCUGCGCCGAUUGAGAUCCAGGCCGAGCUCAACCACUCGGUCCUCAUCAGCCGGUGCAACAACACGGCCAUCAUCGUCCGCGGCAAGGCCAACCAGGUGACGGUCGAGAACUCGAGCCGGCUCUCGCUCGUCGUCGACACGCUCGUGUCCACGGUCGACGUGGUCAAGGCGCAAAACUUUGCCCUGCAGGUGCUCGGCACCAUCCCGACCGUCAUGAUGGACCAGGUCGACGGCGCGCAAAUCUACUUUAGCAAGGAGAGCACCGCCACGCAAAUCUUCCACAGCAAGUCGGACGGCAUCAACCUCAACGUCAUUGCCGGCGCCGACGACGACUACAGGGAGGUGCCGCUGCCGUCGCAGAUGUGCACGUACUACGACGCCGACAAGGGCGAGCUGGUCAAUGAGAUUGUGGCCCAUGCUGGCUAA